AUGGUAUUCCAAAGUGAGGUGCUUAUCGUGGUUGAAAUAAAUGAUUUGACUUUGGAUGUGGUAAAGACAGCAACGACAAACGGUCGACAAACGACGCGCGAGCAUCGCAUUCGCCAGAUGUGGACUCGCCAUAGGACAAAGCUUACAGAGCAGCGCGCAUGCGUUAACACGAAAAAAAGGAAAAUGUUGAACCAAAGGCUGGAGGUCUGGAAUAGGGAUGACCACAGGGAGAAGCAACCUAGUGCUUGCGUCGGCACGGCGUUCUCAACCCUACUGAAAAGUGCGGGGGUGGUGAUCGAUAUAGGGGCCGGUGGAAGAUUCCAGUGCGCCGACCGAGCUGCGCAGUCUCAGUACUUGCAUACAAACGCAUUUCAGACGGGUAACAUGGUAAAAAGAUCCAAAAACAAGAAAAGUAAAGUUGUUGAAAAAGCCGAAAUGCAGUACGACCCAGUCUCGUCAUCGCAGGCGCAAGGACAGCCUCCUCUUACGAAUUUACCUAUAACUCAUUUUGUUGGAGGUCCAGCACCACUGAAUUCAGAGUUGCUCAAUUCGAAGCCGAGCAUACUUCAAUUAGAGAACUUGGGACUGAAUCUGCUUAAUUUAGGAACCAGUUUACCUAACUUAGGAGCACCUCUGCCAUCUUAUCACGAGUCACCGUUAUACGACGGCCUCACAGAAGCCGGCGUGACUUGA